AUGGAGGUUGCCGCGGCGACGCCACGAUCGCAGCCGCCGUAUUUGGCGACGGCCGACGCAGCGAUGAUCCGGGCGCAGCGCGGAGUGCUGGAGACGUACCUCGCGUUCUGGGACCAUGUGCGGCUGAGCAAAGGUAUCGAGGCCGACAAGCGGAUGCGCGUGGCGUUGAGCAAAGCCGCCGACAUUGUGGUACGCGUGCGAUGGCACCUCGACGCGCUUGUGCCCGGGUUUUCGGCGUCGCUUUGCGGCGGCAGCGCGCGCGAAUACCUGUGGUCUAUGGACACUGUGCCCGGCGACGAAGACAAGUUUGUGCGUGGGCUAGUCCACGCCACGCUCUCUGACGUGGACGAGUUGUCGAGCGAGGCGAUCGAUGGGUAUGUUGGUGAGAUCCUGGCGGCGCUGACGCGCGAGGCGGCGAUCGAGCACGACGCGCUGACGACGGCAUUUGAGGUCGAGUGGGCGCGGCUCGCCGAUCGGGUCAGCCAUCUUCAGGCCGAUCAGGCGCACGGCGGAACCGGGCCGCAUCAGGUGGCGGAUUUGCGGCGGGCGGUCAACAUGAUGCGUGAGUGCGCGGCAGUGGUCGCUGGGCUGGUGGAGGCGCAUGAGCCACUCGGCUCAUCCGAGAGUACCGAGUGUGUCCACGAGCCCGAGCUUGUGCUGCGAAGCAAGGUUGACAAGGUUGAGGUCGAGGCCGAGCCUGUUUCCGAAGUCGAGCCUGUUUCUGAAGUCGAGCCUGUUCCCGAAAUGGAGGCUGAGGUCGAGGCCGAGCCUGUUCCCGAAAUGGAGGCCGAGAUCGAGGCCAAGGCUGGGGUCGAGGCCGAGCCUGUUCCUGAAAUGGAGGCCGAGGUCGAGGCCGAGGCUGAGGUCGAGGCCGAGCCUGUUCCCGAAAUGGAGGCCGAGAUUGAGGCCAAGGCUGGGGUCGAGGCCGAGCCUGUUCCUGAAAUGGAGGCCGAGAUCGAGGCCGAGGCUGAGGUCGAGGCCGAUCCUGUUCCUGAAAUGGAGGCCGAGGUCGAGGCCGAGGCUGAGGUCGAGGCCGAGCCUGUUCCAAAGGACGAGCCUGCUGUUGAAAUCGAGGGCGAGCCUGUCGACGACGACAACAACGAUUUCGCUGCCAACGACGACGACGACGAAGCACUCUCGUCGCCGCACUCGGAGCUCUCCGAGUCGGACAAUGAGGCCACGAUCAAAAUCUCCAACAUUCACAACGACGUCACGCUGCUCACGGACCACAUCCACCAUCUUGACGAGCUGACGGCUGCGCUGCCAGAGCUCGAGGAUGUGACCGCCGAUCCGGAGCAGACGCUCGCGCUGCUGAAGCGGAUGCAGACCAAGUCAAUUGCCUACACCGAGGAGCUGAUGCGUGACUUGCUCGCGCUUGACUCCAUCACUGGCCUCGGGCCCGAGGUCCGCGCUCAGCGCAAGGACACGGUCGCCGACAUCCAGCGCCUGCUAGACGAGGCCGAUGCCGUCAAGACCAAGCUCCGACGCCACAUCCAGAUGCUCGAAGAGCGGCUCGCCGAGCGUGUGCAGGCUGUUGCCAUGCCGCAGCCCACACCAGAGCCGGAACAGAUCCCGGACCUUGAGCCGGUCUCCGACAACGAGGCAGCCAUCCCGAUCGAUGUGGCGGCCUCGCCCAAGAACGACCUGGCCGAGGCCGAGGACGGAGUCAUCCCGGUCGUCGACGCCACUCCGAUCGAGGAUGACGCAGGCUACGAUCUCGAGGCUGAGCUGAACAAGCUCUGCGCCGGCGCCGUCGAGCGGCUCGCGCAACAGUGGCGCGAGCUCGACAUCGAGCCGCAGUUUGAGGUGAGCAAGAUGGCUGGCGGCGCGACAGCGAUCUCGGCGGUCAUCCCCGGCAUGAACCGCAGGGACGUAGCCAUCAAUGUCUCGGCCGACGCGUACAACCGGCCAAUUCUUACCAUCCGUGGCGUGGUUGAGCCGUCGGCCGAACAGCUCGAGCGCAUGGCCGCCGUCGCCCGUGCCCAGCUCCCGCGCCUUGCCGCCCGCUGGGGCCCCGCCGCCGACACUGCCACCCUCUUCGAUGCCGUCAUGCUCCGCCUUGGCGACGGGCGUUUCGGCACCUUUACCCAGUCGUACGUUCUCCCAGAACACACCACCCAGCGCCACAUCUCGGGCUCGUACAAGGACGAUGUUCUGCGCGUCGUCAUCCGCCCGCCGCAAUCCCGUCCGACAUCCCAGCACCGCGCCCAGGCCGCCCGGCCCGCAUAUCCGCUCUGGGGCCGCCAGCCAAGCCGCGGCCGGUCCCUCGGCAGCGGAUUCCCCUUUUGGUAG